AUGUCGGCCUGGGAAGUGGCGCUGCUACUGUGGUGCCUGAGCUGCUGCGCCUCGGCAGUGUGGAGAUACUACAUCAAUGGCUCGGACUAUUCCAUUUUUAGUACCAGGAGUUUUAUUGCAUUAGAAUAUGAAGGAACAUCUUUUUCAUCAUGGCAAAUACCAACUACUUGUAAAGCUGAAAAUACAAGUUUAACCAAGACAAAAGUACAUUGUGCUUCUGCUGGCGUUCAUACUAUAAAACCAAAUGUCAAAGACAAAAACAAGGAAGAGGAACGCUAUUUAUCUGUGGAUAAUUCUCAUAUUUGCUUCUUGUGGUAUUAUAAAGUUGUAGACAUUUUGGAUAAUUUAACCCAGAUUGUCACUUUAUGGGUGUACGAUCCAGAAAGUUCCAGCAAAGAAGAGUUGCAGUGGACUGCAACAAAACCUUCACUGAAUUCCAGAAUACUAACCAAGUUGUUGAACACCCUGGGACAGCACCCUUACAUUCAUACAACAGUGAAGAGAAGAGUGUAUGUCCCAGAUGCCUUAAGUCAGGAAGGAACCUGGGACAUUCAUUUGCCAAUGUCCUCGGAUGAUUUAAUGAAAGAGAUUAGAGGAAACAAAGUGGCUUUCCAAGACUGCUUCAUUUCAAAUCUCAUGAUCCUGAUGACACCUCCUAUGACCACCAUACCCGAGACCAGAGGAGACUUACCACUCACUCUGCCAGCUGGCAGUCCUUUGCUGUCUACCUGGAGUUCCUGCAUCCCUACAUUUACUGUCCUGGUCACUGACCAUGAAACCUUCCAAUCAAAUGAUUCUUUCCAUACCUGGACCAGAAUAAGAGUCCCCCCAGGUAUCCUGAGUGAUGCUGAAAGGCACAGUGUGACUGAUGUGGCCUUAUUCAAUAGUGGAAUUAUGUUUCUAAUAAAUGGUGCUAUUUACCUAAAAACUGCAAAAACAUUUAAAAAACUGGACUCAAGUAAAGGUCUUCCUAAAACCAAAAUUAUUGGCAUUACAAGAAGAAGAUGGUGUCAGGUCAGAUAUUUAUUUAAGUCUAAAAAAAGAAAAAGCAUGUUGGCAAUAUGGACAAAAAGUGAAUUUUACCUUGGAUAUUCUGCGUUUAGAUUUUUGAAAGUAAUAGAUAGUUCAAUGCUCAGAGUGGCUCUAAAGCUUGGCCCGACAGUCACCGUGGCGAUAGAAAGUGUUGAAUACACAUGGCACCCUCUGGAACUUGCCCUGAUAGUGUACUACUGCUCUUCCUGCACCACCACUAAAAGAGUUCGCAUGCUGCUGUAUAACGAAGAUUCAGGAAACUGGGCAUUCCAGGACUUCCAACUAGAGUUGCCCAUAGACAGAAACUUAGUCUCACAUUUUCUUUACUCAGCAUUGCCGGAUUUAAUCCUAUGGGAUGCCCACAUGGUUUACUAUUAUUACAAAAACUUCACUGUUACUGGAAUUAUAAGAACAGACACCGGAGAGUCAAAUCUGUCAAAGUUAUCACAUGGCAGCAAAAUCCACAACGUCGUCAUAGAUCGUUUUGGGAGUAUUUUGGUAAAAAUGGAAAAUAAUGAAAUGUUCUUUUUCAAGGCUGACAUUACAGAUGCAAUUAAGCUACAUGUAUGGGCAAACAGUACAGUAAAGUCAGCACUUUUCUUUAACAAAUCUUCUAAAGUAUAUAUUGUAUAUUUUAGUGAAAAAUUCUUGGUACAGCCACAGGAAUACCCCUUAUAUCUGGAGCUACAAAGUGUAAUUCACAAAACCAAAGACAAAUGCCCAUAUAUGGCAUUUCAACACAAUAUUCUUAGUGAUUUUUAUUUUAUGGACAAAGGAGAAAGCCUGACAAUUUGGACUCAAAUAGUUUACCCAGAAAAUAUAGGUCUCUAUAUUAUUGUAGAACACUAUGGCCCAAGUGUAUUAACCUGGACGCAAGAGAUCUCCUAUGAGAUUGCCUCUGGAUUCUCUACUAAAAGUGUGUUAACAACAUUUUCUCAGACAACAAGUUAUGAAUCAGUAGAUGAUUACUUCCAGCUACAGGAAAAGAACAUGGGUCUCAUGCUUAUUCAAUUCCGACCUAGUGAAUUUUCAAAAACAUGUCCAAUAGCCAAACAGGUAUUUGAAAUUGCUGUUGGAUGUGAUGCAAAUAAAUACAUUCAAGUUAAAGGAUUUAGUAAAUCUGGAUGUCAGCGCCGUGAUUUUUCUUAUGUGAUUGACAAGGAGUUUCUGAGAAAUAGACCUUCUGAAAACUUGAAAAUAAGGUAUGAUGUGGGAAAAUAUGGUUGCCCCCGGAGACUUGAAUUCAACGAGCCGUUUCACCCAAUAAUAGAGCUAUUCGAUGAAAAUGGCUUUGUUAAAUUAGUUGAAGCAAAUUUUAUCGUGUGGGAAAUCCAUGGCAGGGAUGACUAUACCUUUAAUUAUACUAUGAAGCAGAGUGGCUGUAUAAAUGAAGCACAGACGUUGAAGGCCAUGAUGGAAGAAAACCAAGGCCUCCCACUGGAUGAUGUCUGGGGACCUCAGAACUAUAAGCCUUGUUUUUCUUAUGCUAUUGGGAAGCCAGGAGAUCUAAACCAACCAUAUGAGAUUUUAAACAGGUCUAAUAAAAACCAUUUACAAUGGCCCAUGGACCAUUCUGGAAUGUAUGUAUUUCGUGUGAAGAUCCUGGAUCCAAACUUUAGUUUCUGUAACCUAACAGCUAUUUUUGCGAUUGAGACCUUCGGAGUGAUUCCCCGCCCAAGUUUCUACCUGGUAGCUGCCUUGAUUUUCAUCUUGAUGCUCACAUUCAUCAGCAUUCUAGUUCUGAGCUAUUUCUGGUAUAUGAAGAUUUAUAGACAGUUUAUUUUUGAGCCACUUCACAAGCCUCCUGCAAAACAGAAGAAACAUUAG